GUCUGCAUAGUGUACUUUUUUUGUCAUUUUCGCGGAUAUUUACCCUUCCCGGAGGCCAUUAACGCCCGGGUACAAAUAUUAAAAUCAAGAGGAAGAGGAAAGACGUACAUACGAACACACGAACACCUGUGGACCGCUAGCGUGCAGGUGGAGUCUGAUGCUGGGGCGGUGAACAUCUCGGAAGGGAACAUCCCAUCCCCUUCCCUCUCUCCCCAAGGUCAAGAGUGUAGGGACGACCUGAAGGCACCUGUUGACACCUUAACGAGCCCAGAGUGAGGUCAUAGCACCCUGUAGGAUAGUCACCACCACCACCACCACCACACCACCACCACACCACCACAAUGGGCAAACAGAACAGCAAGCUUAAGCCGGAGGUGCUGGAAGACUUGCGUUCCAACACCGAGUUCACAGACUCUGAGAUCCAGGAGUGGUACAAAGGGUUCCUGAAGGACUGUCCGACGGGUCACCUGUCCGUCGAGGAGUUCAAGAAGAUAUAUGGCAACUUCUUCCCCUACGGCGAUGCCUCAAAGCAGUUUGCGGAGCAUGUCUUCCGAACCUUCGACGCCAAUGGGGACGGCACCAUCGACUUCCGGGAGUUCCUGUGCGCGCUGUCCGUCACGUCGCGCGGCAAGCUGGAGCAGAAGCUGAGGUGGGCCUUCUCCAUGUACGACCUGGACGGCAACGGAUACAUCAGCAGACAGGAGAUGCUGGAGAUUGUCACGGCCAUAUACAAGAUGGUUGGGUCGGUGAUGAAGAUGCCUGAGGACGAGAGCACCCCAGAGAAGCGGACGGACAAGAUCUUCCGCCAGAUGGACAAGAACAAGGACGGCAAGUUGAGUCUUGAGGAGUUCAUCGAGGGCGCCAAGAGUGACCCCUCCAUCGUGCGCCUCCUGCAGUGUGACCCCCAGUCCUCGCAGUGACCUCUCUGACCCCAACCCGCCCCCCCAUGACCCACCCCACCCCCCCACACCCCCGCCGGUACCCCGCUCCGAGACUACCCUUCGUAUGCCCCGUCGUAAAGUCUCGCUUCGUAAUGAGACGCGUUGCCGCCGCCGCCGCCGCAGCCGCCGCACCGCCACAGCCACCGCCAUUGACCUCCGUGACCCCUGACCUGACCCCUCACCCCCACUACCCUUCGUUUCGCUCCUAAGUCUCGUAACAUCUCAACUUACAAUUCCCUGACCUGACCUAACUUGACCUGACCUGACCUGACCUCUCUCUCCACCACCCCUAUACCUAACCAUUCCGCUUGUGGUCGGUCGCUCGCUCGCACUCUCUCACGCACGCUGCCUGCCACGUUUGCGCCUCUCCGCUCGUACGAUGAUAUUAAUAAUAAUAAUAAUAAUAAUAAUAAUAAUAAUAAUAAUAAUAAUUGUCUGAGGCUGAGAAUGGGAUAAAAUUUACUAGAAUCGAAGAGGAAAAGGAGGAAUUCAAUCGCUUUGUUGUCGUAAGGUCAGAAGGUCAUAAGGUCACUCAUCUGUGUCAGUCGAAGCAAGAGGGAUUUAAAAGGUCAAAUCGUCACUCCAUUCUCUGUCGAUGGAAGUGAAGGAAUUAAAAAGGUCGGUUACGUCACUAUUAUAAGGUCAACUCAUAACUGUAUCUAGCUAUCAGUGGAUGCAAGAGGGACUUAAAAGGUCAUUGCUUAACUCCUCUUUGUCGGUCGAAGUGAAAAGAAUCAACAAGGUCAGUUACAUAAUUAAAAAGGUCAACUCGUAACGGUAUGUGUCUAUCAGUGGACGCAAGAGGGACUUAAAAGGUCAUUAGGUAACUGUAUUCUCACAGCCGAAGCAAAAAGAAUUCAAAAAGGUCAAUUACGUCACUAUUAAAAGGUCAACUCGUAACUGUGGACAAAAGAGGGACUUAAAAGGUCAUUACGUAACUGUAUUCUCUUUCAGCUGAAGCGAAAGGAAUCAAAAAGGUCAGUUACGUCACUAUUACAAGGUCACCUCAUAACCGUAUCCAGCUAUCAGUGUAAUUUACGAGGCUCAAAACAUCACACCAUACGCCGAUCGCACACAAGAGAGAGCGAGUCUGAGGGCAGCGUCGCGUGGUGGGGGUCCGUGCGGGGGUGUGCGUCAAGGCCUGCCGUACGUAACCUGCCGAAGCCUGCACAAACUCUCCCCCCUGACUGGCAUGGUGCUGGUGGUCUUUACGAAGGGUAGCGGGGUAACUCAUACGUGUGUGUGUGUUUACGCCCUCCUACGCCUGCAUUGUCGACGGGCGUGCGUGGGUUUUGUUUUCGUCGUCAAUACCCCCCCAUACCCUACUCCCCCUCCGUAACCUCCCUUCCCAUACCCAUCCCAUCCAUCUCCGCCCUCCCUCUCUCCCCCCCCCUCCAAUCACAGGUGUACUUACGGCGAGAGAUUUUUCGUACGAGUCGAGUUUUGGUUGUACGCACGGUUGUUGGCGUUUGUGUGGUUGGCGGAAGAGAGACAGUCAUGUGUGAGAGGUUGGAAUAUAUAUACAAAGGAGAGGUUGAGAUAGAUGGAUGGAUGGAUAGAAGGAGGAGGAGGAGAGGAGAGGAAGAAGAGGAGAAAUAAAACACUAGAGAGAUGAAGGAAAACAGAGAGAGAGAGAAAGAGGAAUUAGAAGGAGGAAGAGGAAGAAGGAGGAGGAGGAAGAGGAAGAAAGAAAGGAAGAGAGAGAGAGAGAGAGGAAAAAAGCAGGAACACACACACACACACACACACACACACACACACACACACACAGCGCCUUCGAUCGACGUAACAAAACUCGGCCGUUCGGUCUCUCAGCUCGAAGCCUAGCGGACAGUUUUCACAGCCAACCCCAAAAACAUCCAUUUCCCAACCCCAUUUCCCGACUGAUUUCCCAAUUCAAAACACCAUUUCCCGAUCCUUUCCAACCCAAAAACACCCCCAUUUCCCACCCCAUUUCCCCAUUUCAAAACCCUUUCCCCAACCCCCAAAAACAUUUCCCAAACCUGUUCCCCAUUUCCCAACCCCAUUUCCACCCCAAAGCCCCAUUUCCCAACCCUAUUUCCACCCCCCAAAACAUGUCCCACCCCGUUCCCCUAUUUCCCGACCCCUCAAAAUCAGUUUCCCGACCCUUUUCAAAAACACCCAUGUCCCCCCCAUCCCCCCCCCAUUUCUGUGGAUACACCCAGUCAUUCUACACUUGUACCAUUUAUUGUAUAUGUAUUCCAUCUAUUUUUAUUUACAUUUAGCCCAUUGCAUGUUUAUAUACAAGCUGGUGUUUGAUAAUGUGUCCUCAUCCCCUUAUUCCAGUGGCGAUCGGAGCCCCAGGAGGUGUAACGGAUAUAUCAUUACUGCGGAACUUUUUGUAUCGUUUAAAACUCCUACUACUGCCCCACCACACCCCUGCCAGGUUGUCGUACUUUGAGCAUAGUAUUGACCUGUUUCCAAAGCCCAAGUAUUGCCGAGAAACAUCAAGGUAUAGCUCUUUUAAUGAUAACUAUAAAUGAGUUUUGUUAUUGGACCCCAGAAGACAGUUUGGGGGCAGGAAGAUGGGAAAUAUAAGAGCAUAGUGUUUACCUGUUUCCAAAGCCCGAGUAUUGCCGAGAAACAUCAGGGUAUAAUAACUCUUUUAAUGGUAACUUUUAAUGGUAUGUUAUUGGAUCCCAGAAGACAGUUUGGGGGCAGGAAGUUAAGAAAUAUAAGAGCAUAGUGUUUACCGGAUUCUGAGGCCUAACAAACUUCCCAAACCCAUUUCCCCAUUUCAAAACCCUUUCCCUGACCCCCCAAAACAUUUCCCAAACCUGUUCCCCAUUUCCCACCCCCAAAACCACCCCAAUACCCCAUUUCCAAACCCUAUUUCCACCCCAAAACCAAGCCAAGAGACAUCAGGAUCAAACU